CCGGAGGCCCGUUACUGCUCCCCCUCCCCCCCCCCCCCUUUUUUUUCUCUUUGGCAGCGGCUGCUCUCCUGACAAGAAGGCCAGCAACAUGCCCAGCUCUUGGCCUUGAGACCACUGUGUGUCAUGAGGAGCUCCAGGGAGGAGGAGGAGGUGACUUCUGAGGAGCUGUCCGCCAUGGGGCAGGGCCCUGAGGAGCCUCCGGGAGGCUGUACCCAUGGGGACCAGAUCCCCAGUGUGUCCAUGGGCUUGCCCACUGGCCAGGAGAGAGCGGGGCCUGAGGAGGCUGAGGCAACAGUCAGCGGUGAUGCUGCUCCGACCACUAGCCUGGCUGGGCAGGCUGCUGAAUCCCCUUCCGGCCAGAUGGCCGUGUAUCCCACAGACCUGACCCUGCAACUGUUGGCCGUGAGGAGGAAGAGUGGAUUGCGGAGCCCCAGCCUACAGCAGGCCCUGAGGAACCGUCUCCGCCUGCUGGAGAAUGACAGCCGGGAAGUAGCCCGUGUGCUUGGAGAGCUAUCAGCCAGGCUGCUGUCCAUCCACAGUGACCAGGACCGGAUCGUGGUGACAUUUAAGACUUUUGAAGAAAUAUGGAAGUUUUCAACCUAUCAUGCUCUUGGCUUCACACACCACUGCCUGGAGAACCUGCUGGUGGACCAGACCUUCUGGCUGCUCUCACCCAGUGAGGAGGAAGAGACAGCCAUUCUCAUGUAUGUAAACAAGGAUGCAUUGAAGCAGACACACAAGAGCCUCCUCGCCCAGGAAGGGUCCUUCUUUGUUCUGUGUCCCGACCACCGUGUGAGAAUGAUGAUGGGACCCCAAGGUGCAGGGAAGGGCCCACAGGCCCUCAGGCAGGCUUCAGGGCUCCCUCUUGGAGUGGCAAUCCUGGAAACAGACUCCUCACCCCUGACGCCCAGCACAUCCUCCAAGGUGGAAGCAGCAGGGACCAAACCAGAGCUCUUGACUCCAUUUCAUCAGUGGACUCUCAGGGUCCCAUGGGAUCCCGUUGAUGAAUCCAUGGGUGGACCAGGGGCACCUGAUGCCCAGCUGAUGGGGCUUGGCCUGGCCUCUGCAGAAGCUGACUUCCAGGGUUCAGGACCCGAAGAGAUGUCCUUCCGAGUUGGUGAUGUCAUCGAGAUCAUUGGUGCCCAGGUGCCUGGCCUGCCCUGGUGUGUGGGCCGGCAUGUGGCCUCUGGCCAGGUGGGCUUUGUGAGGACUGGCCUCGUCAGCAUGCAGGGCUCGGCAUCUGACCUGGAAAGUGCGAUUUUCCUCAGUGAAGACGAAAGGUCAUUCUUUAGUAGUGAGGGUCGCUUCUCCGAUGAGGAUGCCCGGCGGCUCCUGAGCAGGACAUCUGGCACAGAUGUGUGUACCACAUGCAGUCUGGACUGGUUAGAAGAAGCUGAGGGUGAGCAGCUGGAGCAACCAGGAAUAUCUCGGCCUCACCUGAACCCAGAACCACAUGAGACUCUGCACAUGGUGAAGGACAUUCUAGAACGGUGCAAGGCCUGCCCCGACCACCCCGAAGACCCGGUAUCCUGGAGACUUGGGGGAGUGUCCAGCAGAGUGAGUUCACCAGAGGAGCCCCCCUUUUGCCUGGAUCCUGAAGAUGACUGGACAGACCCUGAGCCUCUGGACUCACUGCUGCAGGUCCUGAAUGCCCCUGGUUAUGAGACCCACUUCCGGGGCCUGUAUGACGUCUCACUCCCUUGGCUGAGCACUGCACUCUGUGGCUUUGAUGAUGAAGAGGAACUGGCCGGACGCUUGGCACAGGCCCGAGGAGUUGCCAAGAAAGUCAAUUUGAGCAUGGCCCUGGCCAGGCUCUGCCUCCUGCUGGGGCGGCUGUGUGCCAGAAAACUCAAGCUAUCCCAGGCCCGGGUAUACUUUGAAGAAGCACUGGGGGCUCUGGAUGGAAGUUUUGGGGAUCUCUCCCUGGUGGCGGCGGUGUAUGCCAGCCUUGCUACUGUGUAUCUGAAGCAGAAAAAUGGGGAGAAGUGUGUGCAGGUUGCACCCAAAGCUGCAGCGCUGCUUCUGGGGACGCCCGGCCACGCGUGCAGUGCAGACGCUGAGCUCCUGAAGUAUGCGCUGCGCAGGGCCAUCUGUGGCCUCAGCCCACAGGCUGAGGCCCGGGCCUGCUUUCUGCUGGCCAGGCACUACACUCACCUCAAGCAGCCUGAGGAGGCACUGCCCUACCUGGAGAGACUGCUUCGCCUUAACAGGGAUGUGGGGAGCCCACAGGCCUCGUGGCCGGAAGACUGUUACCUGCUCCUGGCAGACAUCUACGGCCGGAAGUGCCUGCCCCACCUGGCGCUGAGCUGCCUCAGGGUGUCCUCACGAUGGACUGGGUGCACGCUGGCUGGCUCCCUGAGGAGUGUGGACCUGGUACUCCAGAAUGCUCCCGGGCCAAACAACCAAAGGAGGGCAGGCCACAGCCUUCCCUCCCAGAUUGCUUACUACCUCAGGAAGGCAUUGGCCUCUCUGGCUCCGGGCAUGGGUCAGGCACUGUGUGGACCCCUCUUUGCCAGUCUGGCUCAACUGUACUGUCAUCACCAGCAGCACAGCCAGGCCAUCACCUUCAUGUCUCAGGCUGCAGAAGCUGACACGGCAACUGGGGUCCACCCUGUCGUGGACCGAUUGGUAGCGCUUGCCUGGCUGCACAUGCUUUGUGGGAAAAGCUUGGUGGCCAUGGACAUCCUGAAGUUAAUCUCAGACUCGGCCAUGGCCAACAAGGUCCAGGAAUGCGUGAUGACCAACAUGGCAGCCAUGGCCCUGAAGAGGAUGGGCAGGACCCGGCAGGCUGCCGAAGGCUACUUCCGAGCCCUGCACAUGGCUUACAGCCUGGGCCACCUGCAGAGCCAGGCAGUAGUCCUGGCUAACUUUGGGGCCCUGUGCCUGCAAGCUGGUGCACGCAGCUUGGCCCAGCACUACCUACGAGAGGCUGUGGGGCUCUUCUCCCAGCUGCCCAGCGGUGUGUGUGGCCGGGACUUCACCCAGGUGCUCCUGUGGCUGGGCCAACUGUGUACCCGCCGGGCCCUCCCCCAGCAGGCCAAGUGCUACUACGAGUGGGCCUUUCUGGUGUCUGUGGAGACGGACCACGUGGAGAGUCAGUUACAGGCUGUGAAAAAGCUGUGCCACUUCUACAGCAAGGUCAUGCCCAACGAGGUGCGAUGUGUCAUCUACCAUGAGUUCCAGCUGGCACUGGCGCACAGGACCGCUGACAAGGUGCUGGAGGGGCAGCUCCUGGAGGCCAUCAGCCAGCUCUACCUGUCGCUGGGCACAGAGCGGGCCUACAAGUCUGCUCUGGACUACACCAAACGGAGCCUGGGGAUUUUCAUCGACCUGCAGCAGAAGGAGAAGGAGGCACGCGCCUGGCUGCAGGCAGGGAAGAUCUACUAUAUCCUGCGCCAGAAUGAGCUGGUGGACUUGUACAUCCAGGUGGCACAGAACGCAGCCCUGUAUACUGGGGACCCCAAGCUGGGGCUGGAGCUGUUUGAGGCAGCUGGGGACAUCUUCUUCAAUGGGACCUGGGAGCGAGAGAAAGCUGUGUCCUUCUACCGGGACCGGGCACUGCCCCUGGCUGUGACUGUAGGAAACCAAGAGGCAGAGCUGCGCCUGUGCAACAAGCUGGUGGCCCUUCUGUCCACGCUGGAGACACCCCAGGAGGGCCUAGAGUUCGCCCAUGAGGCCCUAGCACUCAGCAUCACUCUGGGUGACCGCCUGAACGAGCGAGUGGCCUACCACCGGCUAGCUACCCUGCACCACCGGCUGGGCCAAGGAGAACUGGCCGAGCACUUCUUCCUCAAGGCUCUGUCACUCUGCAGCUCACCCCUGGAGUUCGAUGAAGAGACCCUGUACUAUGUGAAGGUGUACCUGGUGCUGGGUGACAUCAUCUUCUAUGAACUGAAGGACCCCUUUGAUGCAGCCGGCUAUUACCAGCUGGCCCUGGCAGCGGCCGUAGACCUGGGCCACAAGAAGGCUCAGCUGAAAAUUUACACACGCCUGGCCACCAUCUACCACCACUUCCUCAUGGACCGAGAGAUGUCCCUCUUCUUCUACCAGAAAGCAAGGACCUUUGCCUCAGAACUGAACCUCCGCAGGACCAACCUGGUGCCCCAGCGCUUCUGUGGCAGGGCACCCUGGCUGGCCUCUGGCCACCCAUCUUGACAGCCUGAGAAGGGGCGUGUGCAAGGGGACACUUCCUCUUCUUGGGGUGCAGGCAGUUUUUUUUCUGGGGGUGGGGGGGAUCACUGAAGG